CAAAGGUUGACGAUCAAGGUGGUACAGCUUAUGCUCUCAUGGCAAACAUAUACUCAGGCUCAAAUAAUGAAAACUAUGACAACCUUGAAGUGAUUGCUGGAUCUUUGUGCUGUCACUUCAAGACAUGAAGUGUGGACAGAGUUGGAUCUGAUGCUCCACUGAUGGUAAUUCCUGAAGCAUGGGCUUGCUUCAAAUAGCCAAGAGCCUCCUGCGAGACGAGCUCUCCACUCGAGGAAAGAGCACAGAAAUACCAGGUGGAUACGGGCACACGAGCUCAGCACUCGCUAGACCCACUGCUUCUUCAGCUUUGCAGCAGCACUCGGGGUCUGGAAUAAGAAUCUAUCGUCAAUCUGAAAGAACUCGAAAGCUCUUGAAAGCCUUUGAUAAGUUUCUCAAUGUCGCUGCUGCUAGUGCCGGUUCCCAUAGCAAAAGUUAUGGAGUUCAGAAGAGGAAGCUCGGCCACCACCUUGCAUUUAUCGCACAGAAAGUCAUCGGCAAAAGUUCCUGUGACUCCGAGCUCCCACAAACCAAUGGUGAUCCUAAGCUCAUCAAAAAUGGCGUCGUCGAGCUGUGGAAGCCAGCUCCAGAGCUGUAUCAAACAAUGGAUGGUCAUCGCUUGCUGCACAACUCAUCUGGUCCCUUGCGGCAUCGAGAGAGGCCAAGAGAAGCCUCUCGCAAGAUGGAGCAUCCCGGACUGCGUAAGAGACGAGAGUACCUUAUGCGUGGAUUGGACAACAACGUCGGCUCCCUGCUCGAGUGCCGUUGCAGGAAACCUCGAGUGGAACUUGAAGUGCGCUCCAUGAGCCUCGUCAACUAUGAUCGGGAUACCAUGCUCGUGACACACCUUUGCGAUCUCCUCCACUGGGCUACACACUCCAAAGUAAGUUGGCGAGACAAUCAGAACAGCUCCAAUUCUCACGUCUUUUCUUUUCUGCAGAUCCAAGAUGGCCAACUCGAUGCUCUCGGCGGAGACGCCGUGAGAAAUCUCCCAGAGCUCGUCAUAACAAGGAAGAACAUAGUGAGGCAUUGCUCCAGCAAGAACCAUGGCUGAGAAUGCCGAGACGUGGGCGUUCCUGGGGAGGAUCAAAACGUCUCCGGGCUUGCAGCAGCUCAUCACCGCCGCUUGAAUUCCACACGUAGAGCCGUUCACCAAGAACCACGAGUACC